AUGGCUCUCUCUACUUCCACCUCUGUUUCUGCUUCUGCUUCUGCUUCCAAGCCCGAAGUAACUUCAUUCACUUCUUCCAAUGCUAUCGAGAAGAUUGACUCUCCUGUUGAGUCUGACAUCAUUCUGGCUCCUUUGUGCACUAUCUCCCAGAAGAAGGACUUGGAUGCUCCUGUCGAAUCCGACAUUAUCCUUGCUCCCUUGUGCACCAUAGCCUAA